GAGCUAAGCCGAGACUCAGGCUUGCGCAUGCGUGAACUUCCUUCCCGCGUGUUCCCCCACGCCUCGGAUGCCGCGGGUGUUCCCGAGGCGUCUCCCACUGCUAGGCUGCGCGCUAGCUGCCUGGCCGGACGUGGGUCCUGGAGAAGCCCUGAGAAAUACCCAGGCAGUAGCCGGGGACAGCAUGUCCCCAGGCUCCCCCGCGCCCCCGACUCAACCCGGCUGUCUGGGCCUGUGGAGGGAGGAAAAUGAUCGACUGGUCCGGCAGUGGCGGGUGGUGGCUCAGGGUUCUGGACGGUCCUUGAAGCAGCAGGCUGCUCAUCGUGUCCUCGAGGGCUUCAGGGGGCUUCUCCACAGACUGCAGGGGCUGCCUUCAGCUCUUUCUGUGCUUCCUCUGGAGCUGACUGUCCUGGGUAAUACCCUGACCCUGGGGGUUGGCCUGGCCCAGCAAUUCCUGAAGGAUCAUGCUUUGGACAUCCAGCGGGGCCUGGAAAGAGUGCUGAAUGCCCAAGGGGUGCCACUGCCCCAGUCAGGGGACUUGUGGAAGACCAUCUUUCAAAGCCCCUUCAUGCCUUCUGAGAUGCUACCACCCCUAUACCACUUGGUGGGCCUACAAGGGGCCAUAUGGCUGACAGAUAACCGUCCUGGAGACCUAGCUAUGCUCUUGUGUACCGUGAUGAAAAGCCAGUGCAAAGAGAGUGGGGUUCCUCUCCCUGGACUUCCUGAGGACCUGCCGUCACUGCUAAGUGCGUGGGACCCCCCAGUUGAAGAGUUGGAUGCUCCAAUGACCCUACAGGAUGCCAGGAGUCUGAAGGAUGUCCUUCUUACGACAGCUGCGUUCCACCAAGGUCUUCAAGAGCUUCAUAUGGGGAACUUGCCGUUAGCCUUGAGCAGCCUGCAGAAAGCAGCACUCAGCCUGUGCCCCCGUCCUGUGCUGGCUCAAGUCCACACAGCUUUGGGAGCCUGCCUUCGGAAAAUGGACCGUCCACAGAGGGCACUGCUGCAUCUUCUUGAGGCUCUAAAAGCAGGCCCAGGCCAAGGGCCCCCUCUCCUGGAGGCUGCCCGACUCUAUCGACAGCUCGGCCACACCACAGCUGAACUGGACAGCUUAAAGCUACUGGUAGAGGCUUUGAGUAUCCCUCACAGCUCCAGGCCACCCUUAUUCCCUGUUGGGGUAGAACUUCUGAUCCCUCCACCCAGCCCUGCCUCCUCUCUUUAUUGUGGGACCCAGAGCCAGGCCAAGCACCUGCUGGCAAGCAGGUGUCUCCAGACAGGCAGAAAUGAGGAAGCUGUGGAGCAGUACCUGGACCUGAUGGCCUUACUGCUGGAUGGAUCAAUGUCACAGGGCAUGCAGUGUUCUGGGUUCCUGUCUGGUGCUUCUCAAGCUCCUCGUGUACCCGAGGUCUUCUUGGAGACAGCAGCAGCACUGAUUAUCGUUGGCAGAUUCCAAGAUUCACUGACUGUGUGUGAAGAGCUGCUUAGCCGGAUAUCGCUUUUGGUCCCCCAAAAACUGUGGCUGAGUCAAGGGGAGCCUAGCCUCAGGCCUUCUCUGUCCUCAGUCCCACCUCUGUCUGAGAACCCCUAUGAGCAUCUGUUCUGCCUCUUGUGGGCUUCAGCUGCCCACCUCCUUCAGGGUCAGGGCCAUGCUGGGCUGGGGGCCAGGAGGGAAGCCCUGGAGGAGUUUAGCAGGUGCCUUGAGUUACUCUUCCGGGUGCAGCCUCUGCACAGAGUUGUAGAUCAAGGUGCAGGUGGAGAUGCAGACCAAGGUUUGAGUGGAGAUGUUGUCUCCAGAGGUGAAGAUGAGAUCCCUUCAGAGAUCUGCCCACCUACAAAGGUUCUUCAGAGGCUGAAAGCAGUGGCAUUAAUUAGCCGAGGGCUGGAAUGGGUAGCAGAAGGCCAGGAUGCUCGGGCUCUACAGGAUUUCCUCCUUGGUGUACAGGUUUGCCCAGGUGACCGAAAUGCUUCCUUACAUCUGCUGCGUGUCCUAUGGAGGCUAGAGCGGAGGGAAGAGGCCAUUGCAGUCUUUCAGAAGCUAGAGGCUGAGGCUGAGGCUGACCAGCAACAGGAUGACUCUGAAGGUCUCCCCCAGUACUUGGAGUCCUGUAUGAACCAGAUUCGAAUCACUGAGCAGGAGUCCCUCUUGCAGGAGCUUCGGAAAUCACUGCAGAGGCCCACAUGCCCUUAGUGGUCAUUUGAUCCUUACUUCCCAGGGAUCUUCUUUAUUUGGGCCUCUCUCCUAGUUCAUUUCCUAGGGGAGUAGCAGAGCCUAGGGCUGGGACUUCAUAAAGGCUGAAGAAAGCCAUGUCCCUGGUCUCUUGGCUGGUCUUUUUGGUCAUUGGGAAAGAUAGGGGUAAAGAUGAGUAAUCAGAGAACACUCUGUCCCCUUCCCAUCUAUCUAGGUGUCAGUCUUCCUAUCACUGUAUUUUUUUGGUACCUGUCACACCUUUCCUUUUUUCCAGUAAAAUUUUCCAUUGGUCUGUCUGUCCCCACUAUAUAUGUCUUUGGCAUAUAAGUGCCGGUCUCUGGACACUGGGCCAUAUGGCCCUUUACCUGAUGUGAUACAUUCUGAUGAUAGGGGCGACAGUUCCCUAUUCUCUAAGAGAUUCUGUCUUGGAAAUGGAGAUGUUCCCUAUCCUUACCUUAUUUCUUCCUUCACUCAGCUCUUCAGUAUUUGUGUGUUUUGGUGGUGAACAGUCAAUCAAUAAAUAAAACAUUUAUUAAG